AUGAGUAUUUCUUCUAUAGAUAAGAAAGAUAAAGCUUUUAUCGAAAGUACUCUUUUAGACCUAGAGAGCGUGAAAAAGGAUGAACACAUCUUUCAAGACCCCGCUGUUGCUGAGUACUAUUAUAAUUUAUAUGAGGAGACCAAAUAUGAGUGUCGAACUCAUUUCGAUCCUGAAUUCACUUGGAGUGAAAAGGAGGAAAAGAAGGUUACAUGGAAAAAUGACUGGCACGUGACUUUUUGGUCUUUUAUGAUGUUCACUGCUUUAAACUUUGAUAGAACGAACCUUCAACAAGCGCUUUCCGAUAAUUUCUUAGAAGAUUUGAACUUAACUACUAAUCAAUUGAAUACUGGAAAAACCAUUAAUUUGGUGUGUUUCCUAGCAGCAGAACUACCUUCGUAA